UUUCCAAAGCUUAGCGGUGAUGGUACGCCGGCAGUACGUCUGCUGGGUAAAGGCAUGUCUGGACAUGUGUGAAACGGUAAAGAGAGCUGAGUUAAAUUUGGAUCGCGCAGAAGUGGCUCCCAACUUCACAGACGCAAAAGUGCUAAAUUAGUGGUCGAAGAACGAGAACAAGGCUCUUAAUUUUUGCCAUGGAUUGCUCAGAAAAGGAGUAUUACUACAAAGGCGAGUGUCACAUCUGCCAACAAUGCGGACCUGGACAGGAAUUGUCUGAGGAGUGUGGCUAUGGAAGCGGAGCGCAUGCCUACUGCACCUCUUGUAAUGUGAGGUUCUACAAAGAGGACUGGGGUCAUCACAACUGCAAACUCUGCCAGUCCUGCAAACGUGUUAAUAGGCAUGAGUUGUUUCCCUGCACCACCAGGAGCAACGCAGUCUGCGGAGAGUGUUUACUGGGAUUUUACAGUAAGACACGAAUAGAUGGUUUGCAGGAUGUGGAGUGUAUGCCAUGUGUUCCUUCCUCGGGCAGUGAACGCCAGUGCUCCAGAAGCAGAGGAGUGGGAGUGGAGAAAGUCUGGAGCUCACAGGCUCCGCCCCCACAGGCUGCUGUUGCCGCCGCCAUUUGUGGAGCUCUGGUUACCGUGGCGGUUGCUCUGUCUGUCCUUUUUUUUGUCUACUGCAGAUGUACCUCGUUCAGGAAAUUGUUUAAAGGGCGUGAUAGAUCACAGAGUGGCAGCCACAGUGAAUGUAAUCAGGCGACCACUGGGAAUGUGGAGACCUUAAUCCUGAACCUCGAGAAAGAGGUACAGGUUUCAGUUCCGUGCAAAGGCUCGGCUGCAGAGGACUCUCCCACCAGCCUAAGGUCCUGUCUCAAGGUGUACGCCUUUCCAGGACCCUCGGCGUCAGCCUCUGACCACCAACCCCGCUACGCCAGCAGCUUGUCAGAAACCCAGCCUCUGAUGGUGGAAAGCUCCACCUGCAGCAACUGCUGUCUGGGGUGCGUCUCUCAGAGGUCGUCUGAGUCCACGAACAGCAGAGAGUACCUAAUGGAAUUGCCCCGCGCCCUGUUUGAUGAAGCCAACCUCUACUGUGCCUCUGACCAGAAAGAGAGGCGCCGGCACGCACCAGUCGAGUGCACUGAAUUAGACUUUAACAGUUCCAUUGUUGUAGAUGGCAACGUUGCAAGUGCUGAGAUUACAGCAUCAAAAGAGGCAACUGGAGGGUACGCCGAAACCUUGUCAGAGGAGCAACUGACCAGCCCAUCUGCCCACCCCAUGCAAAGCAACAACAGCUGCUUGAACAGAAAUCAACAAUGCAGCUGUAACAACUUCAGAUGUAGCAACAUGGUAAUAAACCUGCCUUUGAGAUACUGGGAAGAAGUCAGCAACGUUGUGCCACAUGUGCCUUUGAACAUGGCAUCCUUUCAUGCUGAGUGCCAUUUUCUGUGA